AUGAAUAACCAAGAGAAAAUGAUGGGUCUCAAAUAUAUUGGGACUUUUACUGGUCCGCGCUACGCCAGUUUUAUCCAUGCUGAUUCCGGAAUUGAGACGCAAAUCAAGAUUGAAACCUUCGCCAACACUGACUUCUUUGAGUUCUCCUGUGGCUGCUGCUUCGAAGUCGACAACGGCAACAAACUGAUGCGGAAGAGCAGAGAUGCGUUUUUUGGAUUCUACAUUGGAGGACUCGAAAAGCUCCACGGUUUGAGACCGACAUCAGCAACGAAACAAGCGACGGCGAAAUAUACGCCGUUGAACAAAAACUGCUUUCCGAAAACGCCUCAUGUCUGCUGCCCCGAAGAUCCCAAUUUGAUGAUGGAAUUGAUGAAGAUGACCGCUCAACUUGGCAAAAAGACCGUUGGCAGAUAUCUGGCUCUCUGCUGGACUCCACCAAAGGAAAAACGAAGAGGCAAAGAAUUCAGCGAAACCUUCCGUUCGAUUCAAAAGCAGAAAAUCACUGAAACAGAACUCACGAUGAUCGCAUACAAGCUCUGGCUCCCCUUCUUCGACAAAACCUCGACAAUCCAUCUGCAGAAGACCAAGGAGACGAAUCUCACGACAACGAACUUCAAGGAGAUGCAGGAUGACUUUGCGGCGAAGCAAGCACAAGCACUGACCGACGAAGAACUGAUCACUCUCUUUUCCGAAGCAUCAGUCAAGGAGAAGAAGCCGAAAAGCCAGCAAGACUCUGAACCAAACUGCCCCUCCUUUCAUGUUAAUACGAAAACAUCCCUCAGCCACAAAACGACAACAACGAAGAAAGCGACCACUCCAGAAAUCACGAAUAAAAACGAUCAUCUCAAUCUAAGAAAUUGUCAUCGAAACAACUGUUCUUAUCUAUCUUCCCUCAUUACUUUACCGCUUUCGUAA